UCUCAAUACUUUGAUGAAUUCAUCCAUAGCUGAUCCAGAGCUAUUUUAAUUAUUAAACAUGGAGAAGGCACUCACCAAGUCUAGUCUUAAGUCUGUGAAGAGUACUAGUCCUUCACACUCUGCUGUGAGUUCAUGGAGCUCAAAUUCUGGAGGAAUGCCAAGAGAUGAACUGAAAGAACGGGGAUAUGACAAAGACUACUACUAUAAGGUUGAUAGUCGUGUAUAUGCUUCUUAUCAGAGCAAGUCUCCUACAAGAGAAAGUACCAAGCCUCAAGAAGUUAAACUUCACACUCAACAAAGGGCAACCAAAAGGGCAAUGUUCAACUACAUGGUUGCAGCAAAGUUGGGUAUCUUGGAGCAGCGGAGAAAGCAAGAAGAGAUGUUGCAUAAGAUGAUAGAAGAGGAAGAGAUUCGCUUACUGAGAAAGGAGAUGAUUCCAAGGGCUCAACUCAUGCCGUUUUUCGAUAGACCUUUUAUUCCUCAAAGAUCAAGCAGGCCUUUGACAAUUCCUAAAGAACCAAGCUUCCGCAUGAUGAGCAGCAAGAGCUUCACUGCUUGUAGAUCUGGUACCCCAAUCUACAGUUUCCAACACACUACUCAAGCCCCCAUCAAGUAAUAAACUAGAGCUAUCGCCAUCACCAUCGCCAUCACCAUCACCACCAAUAGAUUGAUUCCCCUAUAGAGUGAACUACUCUCUGAUGCUGCGAGCUUCAUGCUUGUUCUACUAAAAUUCUAGUUCCAAUUUUCUUCCUGCUUGUCGAUCUAUUUUUUUUUUUUUUAGAUC